CAAAUUUUUCCCCAGUUUUAGCCUAUAGCGGCGAGCGAGACAAUGAUUCAUAAAAUAACUUCGUACAUUUAGAUGUAUCUUGACACCCCCACUUAAAUUAGGUCCGAACGAUGUCCACAACGAUUGGUCAUAAUCAGUAUAUAUAAAACGAUAAUGAAGUAUCUUUUUUAAAAAAAUUGUAGGCAAGAAUCUUUUUCUCUGAGGCGAUCAUUUCAUAAUUCAAUUAUAAUUAGAAAUUUUGAUUCAAAUUAAUUCUAAUUUCUAUCAAUAGAUCAUAAUGUCUAAGUUGGAAAAAGUAGGUGUUUCAGAUGGAUCAGAUCCUGAAUUAGGAUCAGAUGGUUCAUUGUACAAAGAAGAUGACUUUAGUCAAGUUUAUACUGAAGAGCAAUUAAAUCAACAAGUUGAGGAAUUAGCUCAAUCAUAUGGUAUAAAUCAGAAGAAGUUAAUGUGGAAAAUUGACCUUUGGGUUGUUCCACCAUUUUGUCUUCUUUAUUUUCUUUCAUUUUUAGAUCGUGUCAAUAUUUCAAAUGCAAAACUUUACGGUUUAGCUGAAGAUUUGAAUUUAACUGGAAAUCAAUAUAAUAUUGCUUUAACAGUAUUUUUUGUUCCUUACAUUGUUUUUGAAGUUUUGGCUAAUUAUUGUAUUAAAUUUGUUAAACCUCAUAUAUGGUUGAGUACACUUAUUCUUUUAUUUGGAGGAAUUUCAAUAGGUAUGGGAUUUGUUACUACUUUUGGUGGUUUGGUCGCUUGUCGGUUUUUAAUUGGUAUUACUGAAGCUUCGACUUUCCCCUCAAUUUUCUACUUAUUAUCUACUUAUUAUUCAAAGGCAGAAUCUCAAAGGAGAUUUUCAGCUUUCUUCUCGUGUACUGCUUUGGCUGGAGCUGCUUCAGGAGCUAUUGCUUUCAAAAUCAAUGAUUUAGAUGGUGUUCAUGGAAUUUCAGCUUGGCAAUGGGUUUUCAUUAUUGAAGGUGCUAUUACUAUGGGUUGUGCGGUAAUUUUAUUCCUUACUAUUGCUGAUUUCCCAGAAGAAAGUAGAUUUUUAAAUGAAGAUGAAAGAGCUUUCUUAAAGAGAAAGUUGGAAAUUUUAAGUGGUUCAUCUUCUGCUUUUGAAAUCAAAAAUACCUUCAAAGAUGUUGGUAAAUGCUUUAAAGAUAUUUUAAUUUGGAUGCCAGCAUUAGCUUAUUUCGGUUUAAUUAUUCCUUCUUAUGGUUACGCAUAUUUUGCUGCUACUAUUAUUCAGCAAAUGGGCUACACUGCUGUAAGUGCAAAUCAACAUUCAGUUUAUCCAUGGUUAUGUGCCUUUGGUUUAAUCAAUAUAACUGCAUUUGUGUCAGAUAGGUAUAAAAGAAGAUUACCUUUUGCUAUAGGUACUUCACUUAUGGCUAUUGUCGGUUUAGCUAUGGUUUUGGGGGCUACGAAUGCACCAAGAGUAAGAUAUGCAGGUUGUUUCCUUACUGCUUCUGGAUUAUAUACUUCAAUGCCAUUAAUUGUAUGUUGGGCCGCCUUAAAUAAUGGGUCACAUCUUCGUAAAUCUGUUGGUACUGCUUGGCAAAUUGGUUUUGGUAAUAUUGGUGGUAUUAUAGCUACUUUCAUCUUUUUAGCUAAAGAUUCUCCAGUUUAUAAGCCAGGUUUAAGUACUUGUAUUGCAGCCGUUGUUUUUGCAAUGCUUUCAAUGUUCGGAUAUUUCUGGGCCUUAUACAGAAUAAAUAAUGCUAAGCAAACGGACGCUUACAGACAAAAAUUCCAGGAAUUAUCUGACAGAGAUAAAAUUAAUGCUGGUGACAGAAAUCCAAGAUUUGUUUACUUGUAUUGAAAUCUUGUAUAUUAGUUUCUCCCAUUGACUUUUUUCAAAAGUUUAAUAAUCAAAAAAUUAAUAAUCAAAAAAUCAAAAUUCAAAAAAUAAUCAUAUUUUACAUUCAAUGACUUAAUGAAUUCACAUAUCUACAUUAUCUACAUGUACAAAAACUUUUAAUAUAAAUACCUAAUCUUAUAAUCUACUCA